UUUCAUCUCCCCCGAGCUUCCUCAAUCUUCUUCCUCCCUCCUCCCCUCAAUUUCACUUCUCUGCAACUCCUCCAUAUGAUCAAGAAUCAAUGGGCUUCAAAUCUCUAACCCUACAAAUGGUCCCCGUGUGCCUCCACGCCUCCAUACAGCCGGAGGAGGACCUCCCCUUCCCCAAACCAACCGCCUCCCCUGCCGCCGUCCGCCUCAUCCUCUCCACCGGCCGAAUCCGAAUAUUCCGGCGAUCUUUUCCCGCCGAAGAACUCAUGGCUUCCAAUCCCCUCCACCUCGUCUGCCGCUCCGACUCCCUCUUCAUCGGAACGAAGGUUCCGCCGCUCGCCGCCGGCGAUCUCCUCACUCCCGGACAAAGCUACUUCCUUUUACCCUCAAACUUCUUCUCCUCCCCUCUCUCCUUCGUCUCCCUCGCCUCCUCCUUCUCCUCCUCCUCCCCCAGCAAACUCCUUCUUCUCCGGCCGUUCGAGAUCCAGAAAACAGGGGAAGGGAAGCUUCAGCUGAGAGUAUCGGAUGAGUUCGUCGAGCGUUUGGGGGAGGAGGAAGAGGAAGAGGGAGGGGAGGGGAAGAAGAAGGAGGGAAUGGUUUGUACGACGGAGGAGAUGGAGAGAGAUUACAGAGAGCUCGUUGUCAGAGCCAAGCUCUGGAAGCCGAAGUUGGAAACGAUUAGCGAGCUGGAGAGGAAGAGAAGAGGGGGCUCUGUUGUUGGAUUUACAGGGAUGAUGAGGAAGGAGAAGAGAGGUCACAGUAAGGAACUGAAGACUUGAUUAAUUAACGAAAUUGUGAUUAAUUAGUGAAUUAAUUGUAAUUUUGUAUCUUUUGAUUAAGGCUUAUGAGUGUUAAUGUCACUGCUUGGAAAUUUAAUAGUUAUAUGUUCAAA